UACUUGGGGUCAAAAAUGCAACAUAACUCAUUCGAAAAAAAUAGCUCAUUCGUCGUGCGAUUCGAUUAACACCAAAAUCAACAUAUUCUAAAAUAGGGGGCACUCCGUACCCCGACGACUUUAUUGGCAAAAACCCCAACUCGAACCCCGAAACCCCGAGUCUAUCUAUUUAAAUUCAUUAAACUCUAUUUAGAUACACACAUUUCCACCAGUCAAAAUAUAUUAUGAAACAUUUAAUUUUCAUUGUAAUCUACAUUGUUCAUUACACAUUUGAAAUGGUUUAUUCAGCAUUUAGUCAGCCCAAUUUAAUGGUAUCGGGGGGACUUAGCGAUUUAAGAAGUGCACCGCCUGGAGCAAAAGAAUUGAACCAAUAUUUGAAUUUGGCUGUUGCUCUUGGAUCUGUCUUUAAUUAUUUAGUUGUUGGAAUCUUGAUUAAAUUGAGAACCGGUAGUUUAUUAAAAAUUAUUUUGUAA